UUUCACCACCCAAAAAACCGGAAAAAGAAGACGAAGAAAAGCGAAGCGGCAGGAUCAACUGGCUCCAAGCUGCUAGGCCGGUUUGUCCGCGAGUGUGAACUCUAAUGCCGGACCUUGAACACCCGCGUCUGAUCAUCUCCAAUUUUCUCUCCUUUGAUGAAUGCAAGGAGCUGGAAUUCAUCCACAAGAGUUGCAGCACUGUCGGCUAUAGACCAAAUGUUUUCUCAACUACUCUUUCCCAUCUCAUUGCUACCAAUUCGUCUCACUUGAUCAUGCCUUUCAUACCUAUUCGCGAAAGGUUGAAAGAUAAGCUCGAGGAAUUUUUUGGAUGUGAGUAUGAACUCUUCACUGAAUUUACAGGCUUAAUCAGCUGGACUAAAGGAUCAAGUAUUGGCUGGCAUAGUGAUGAUAACAGGCCCUACCUCAAACAACGUGACUAUGCGGCAGUAUGCUAUUUAAAUAGCUAUGGGGCAGAUUUCAGCGGUGGGCUCUUUCAUUUCCAGGAAGGCGAACCAACAUCAAUUAUGCCCAUGGCUGGAGAUGUUGUUAUGUACACAGCUGAUCAUCGCAACAUUCAUUCUGUUGAUGAGAUCAUUGAUGGAGAAAGGCUGACGCUCACUUUAUGGUUCAGUCGUGAUGGUUCUCAUGAUGAGGAUGCAAAGCUUAUUUCUCUUCUCUCACAGAACCUAUUACAUGACAAAAUGGCGGUUCCCAGCCUACCCUUGCCUGCAUCCUGUAAUAUGUACUGGUUUUCUGGGGAACAAGGUUCCAGUCAACAGUUGGGUUUCAAUAUAUGUUGGGCGAGACUGCAAAUUCUUGGAUAUGACAUAUACCUUUCACAAGACGAUGACUGUGAUUCUGAUGUCUCAGAAUUCUUGAUCAAGCCAGUACAAUUAGUGAGGGGAAGUGAGAUGUUAGAGCAGGAAUUUGUCAACAUCUUGCAUGUGCUUCAGGUUGUACAUUUCUAUCUUUGGAAAGCAUCUACUUUGCAAACUAGGGAAGCAACUAUAGACAAGAAGAUAACAAAACUGUCAGAAUUGCAAAGGCAGAAAAUCAAUGGCCUUAACUCUGUAGUUCUAAGCGAUCCUGGGUUGGUGGCCAGGGUUUUCAGUCGCAUUUCCGAAGAGAGUGUAAGCAUUUGCUUCGACUGGAAAGGAAUUGUGGCUGCAAUUAACGCAUGGGAAGAUUAUACCUCGACCUUAAUCAAACAAAUUCAUUUGCAGUUACCUUACUGGAAAUCUCACCAAUCCAUGUAUAACGUGCAAGUGGGUGAAUAGUGUUCAUGACUUUUCUUUUCUUUUUUUGGGUGAGUAGAUGUUAGAUGAAGAAUGCUAAUGCUAAAUAUCUGAGCUGGAUGUGGAAUCUAUCCGUUUCUCUUAUUUUA